CUGCGCAUAUCGAGUUAAUACUAUGGAGUGACAGUCCAACCUAUAUCAAUGCCAGUUUUUAUAUUUCGUGGAUUCCGGGUAUUGCAUUGACUUUAAGAUAUUUGCGUGGAAUCAGUAUUUGGAAGCCAUGCGGCGGAGUAAAGCUGAAGUGGACCGUUACGUUUCCACAGUACAGAGUUCGUCUCCCUCACUCAAAGAGAAACCAGUGAAAGGAUUUUUGUUUGCUAAAUUGUAUUUUGAAGCAAAGGAAUAUGAUCUUGCGAAAAGACAUGUUUCAGAGUAUCUCAGAGUCCAGGAGAGGGAUCCAAAAGCACACAAAUUCCUUGGACAACUGUUCGAGAGAGAGGGAGACAUCAACAAGGCAGUAGGAUGUUACAAGCGAUCAGUAGAUUUAAACCCAGCUCAGAGGGACCUGGUGCUGAAGGUGGCAGAGUUACUUGUGAAUAAAGAGGAAUCUGAUAGCAGAGCAGAGUUCUGGGUAGAGAAAGCUGCCAAGCUGCUGCCAGGAAGCCCGGCAGUCUUCAACCUGAAGGAGCGUUUGUUGAGUCGUCAGGGUCAGCCAGGUUGGAACCGGUUGUUUGACCUUCUCCAGGCUGAGCUUGCAGCAAGGCCGGCAGAUCCUCACGUAAAUGUGAAGCUGGUUCAUCUGUUCUGUCAGGAUGGGCGGUUGGAUGAAGCUGUUAAGCAUUGCCUGUCUGCGGAGAAAAAGGGCAUGCUGAGCAACAGUCUGGACUGGUACACUGCUGUGUUGCAAACUCUGCAGGAGUAUCUAGCUCAGCCCAGUGUCUCCAGUAAUGAGAAAAUGUGUCGGCGUCUCCAGAGAGAGCUGCUGUUGGCCCACUGCAGCCUGCUCAGAAUCACACUGUCUGAGAGCAGUGUGAAGCCCAGCCUUGAUGCCCUCAAAAGUUUUGAUGAAGCCAUGCAGAUGCUGAGCAGCACUGCUUGCUGCCACACGGACGAUCUUUGUGACAUGUUUGUAGAAAUGAGGGGUCACCUCUACCUUCAUGCUGCCACGCUGCUGUUGAAGCUGGCUCAGGAUCGCCAACACACAUGGAGGGCUGUCACUGACCUGGCUGGGUUGUGCUACCUGUUGGCCUACCAGGUCCCCAGACCAAAAGCUAAAGUGACAAAAAGAGACCAAUCAGCCCCACCACUUCUGGAGCUGCUUGCCAAUGAUCGUCAGAGUCAGGCCGGCCACAUGUUGCUUAAUCUGAGCGCUGAUCCAACCACCUUGAUCAGAGAGGUGGUGGAGGCAUUUGGGAACCGAAGCGGUCAGGACUCACUGUUUGAGCUCCUGUUUGGGCCACAGGCCUCCCCUGGGUCCUCCUUUAUUGCCAAUGAUGAUAUUCAUUCCAUUAGCACCAUGGCUCCAGAGCUCUCUCAACUGACCAAAUGUGAUGCUGGCUCCAUCCUGCUGCAUGGUGGGGACUUGCAACAUUUAUGCUGGUUGGGGCUACAGUGGACCCUCCUGGCCCAAAGGCUGGCCCUGCGGGACUGGCUGCAGCAGCUUUUUCCAAGGCUUACUCUGGAAACUUCCAAACUGGACACCAAUGCACCAGAAUCCAUUUGCCUACUGGACUUAGAGGUGUUUUUAUAUGGUGUUGUGUUCUGUAGCCACUGCCAGCUUCAGGAGACGGCAAAGAUCAGCAGUUCAGUGAACCAGCAGCAACAACAGCAGCUCUUUGAACCUCGUUGCCUUCCCCUUCCUCUGCUUCGCCUGUUGACCACGGACAGACAGAGGGAGUGGUGGGAUGCCAUCUACAGCCUUAUUCACAAACAAGCAGCUCCUGGUAUGUCAGCUAAACUGCGUAUGAUUGUGCAACAUGGCUUAAACACUCUGAGGGCUGGAGAGAAACAUGGCCUCCAACCAGCGUUAGCCAUCCACUGGGCUCAGUGUCUCAGCCAGACGGGCGAUGGAGUGAACUCGUACUAUGACCAGAAGGAAUACAUUGGUCGCAGUGUCCACUACUGGAAAGCUGCACUACCACUGCUGGAAAAGAUUAAAAACCGACGGAGUAUACCAGAACCACUGGACCCCCUCUUCAUCCACUUUCCUUCAAAAGAUGUUCAGGUUUCUUCUGUGAAGGGAUAUGAAGAGGAGGCCACAGUCGCAUACGCAGCUCUCCUUGACAUUGAAGGCAAGACAGAGGAGGCAAUUGCUACCUUGGAAACUAUCAACAAUAUGUCGUCCAUCUGGCAUUUGGCACAGAUUUACCAGCGACUGUCAGAGGAGGCAAGCAAUGGUGUUGAGGAGACACAAGAUAGGUGUAUCACCUUCCUGAAAAAAUUCAGAACCUACCUGUCCAAGAUCUACAAUAGUAAUGCAGAUGAUAUUGAGAAGCUGCCUGUGUCCAUGGAGGAAAUUGUGGACCUCCUCAAUGAUGUGAAUCAGCAGCUUGGGGAGAGUGGUGAAGCCAUGGAUGAAGAGGAUGAAAAAGAAGAGGGUGGCAGAAGUGGACCAGCACACUCAAGCCCAGCUCAUCCCAUAGAUACCUCUGCCACUAUAUCCCAUAUCAAGUUUUCCACUCCAUCUCCUAACAAAAGCAUUUCUCCCUCCAAAAGACACCUGAUUUCUCCCAAGACACAACCACAUUGGGUGGAGGACCAGAAGAGUCUACUACAGAUGCUGUGUCAGCAAGUUGAGGCCCUCAAGAAUGAGGUUCAUGAUCUGAGACACAACUCUUCAGGUAAUGUAGGCUCCCCACAUCACAAGAUGUAUGGGGAGAGCUACGGGGCAGAGGGGCUACAGGAGCCAUUUACCCCAGUCCAGUCCUACCAUGGCGCCCCCUUAACAGUUGCUACCACAGGCCCUUCUGUGUACUACAACCAGUCUCCAGCUUACAACUCUCAGUACCUGUUACGCACAGCAGCAAAUGUUACCCCCACCAAGGCCCCAAUGUAUGGUAUGAACCGUAUGCCACCACAGCAGCAUAUGUAUGCCUACCAGCAGCCCACCCAUACACCUCCCUUGCAGACAGCCCCAGCCUGCAUUUACCCCCCUCAAGAACAGGUCUUUGGUGCACCUCUUAGGUUUGAAUCAUCGGCCACAAGCCUUCUUUCCCCAUAUAGUGAAGAAUAUUAUGGCCAGAAUGUCACCCAGCAAACCACUAACCCUCCACUUCCUGAACCUGGCUACUUCACCAAGCCGUCUGUUGUUCCAGUUCAGCCACCAAAGACCAUCGAGGGAAAGCCUGUGGACUUCGGAAAGCUCCCUUUUGGCCAACAGGCACCUGCUGAGGUCCCAAAAGUGCCUAGUUUUGGAGCAGCAGCAGCUGCUGCUCAGUCAACACCUUCCACCUCUUUUAAGUUCAACUCCAACUUCAAAUCCAACGAUGGGGAUUUCAUUUUCUCAGCUUCCCAGGCUAAACAUAGUGAAAGUCUGCUUGGUCUUCUUACAUCAGACAUUCUCCCUAAAACUGAUACUGUCACAGAGAAACCACAAGUCCAGGAGCAGCCCCCCAACCAAGCAGGAAUCUUUACAUUUGGAAAUAAAAAUGUCAGUGGCUUUUCCUUUCCAGAAUCUGCCAAGAGCACAGUAACUGGAAGUCUGUUUGGAAAUGUGGAGCAGCCAUUUAAGUUUGGGGAUAUUGGCAAGACCGUGUUUGGAGUUACUCAGUCCACAGCAGAAGAGGAAAAGGCAGCAGAGAGUGAUAACGACAGUACCCAGGUGGAGGAGGAUGAGGAUGGUCCUCACUUUGAACCUAUUGUACCUCUUCCUGAUAAAGUUGACGUUAAAACAGGUGAGGAGGAGGAGGAGGAAAUGUUUUGUAACAGGGCAAAGCUAUAUCGAUUUGACACAGAGACAAAAGAGUGGAAGGAGCGGGGCAUUGGCAAUGUCAAAAUCCUGAAACACAGCACUAAAGGGAAGGUCCGUCUCUUGAUGAGAAGGGAGCAGGUCCUUAAAAUCUGUGCUAAUCACUACAUUACUUCUGAUAUGUUACUGAAACCAAAUGCUGGCUCUGACAAAUCCUGGGUCUGGAAUGCCAUUGAUUAUGCAGAUGAAGAGCCCAAGCCUGAACAGCUAGCAAUCCGUUUCAAAACAGUUGAUGAGGCAUCACUUUUCAAGUCUAAGUUUGAAGAAGCCCAGGCAAUUUUGCUCAAAUCACCAAUAAAACAAAACCAAAAUGAAAAGGAAGAGGAAAUCGUUAAAGAUCCAGGCUCUCUGGCUUCCCAGUUUGCUCUUAAAGAAGGAGAAUGGGAGUGCACUGUUUGCUGUGUACGAAAUAAACCAACUGAUGUGCAAUGUGUUGCUUGUCAAAGUUCCAAUCCCAACGCUUCGUCAAAACCAGGCAUUCUGACAGCUGGUGAAACCAAAACCAGUCCCUUCACUUUCAAAUUUGGGACUGAUGCAUCAAAGGCCUCUAGUUCUGGCUCUACAUUUGCUGGAUUUGGUGCCUUUGGAUCUUCAGUGUCCUCCUCAUUUACAUUUGGCACCAACACCUCAAAACCCACUGAAACAGUAAGCAGUGCAUUUGUUUCUGGCUUUGGGGCUCAAUCUGGCAAGAAUAUUGAGCAGUGGGACUGUGAAACAUGUUGUACAAGAAAUGAGGCAUCUGCAGAUAGUUGUGUUUCUUGUAAAGUUCCAAAAUCUUCCCUGAAAACCACUACCAUAGCUCAAGCUGCACCAGCUGCAGCACAGCCCUCUUUAUCACCAGGCUCUGGGUUCGGUUCCCAGUUUAGCAAGAAGCCUGGGCAAUGGGACUGUGAUGUAUGCGAAGUAAGAAACGAAGCCUCUUCUGACAGCUGUGUUGCCUGUAAAAACCCAAACCCUGCCACUAAGUCAUCAGAGGGGGCUUCAGUAACUUUUAAUCUACCAACAGUGUCAGGAUUUGGGGCUGAUUUUGCCAAAAAAGAUGGGGAGUGGGACUGCACUGCCUGCCUGGUCAGAAAUGAUUCAUCAGCCACUGAGUGUGUUUCCUGCCAUGCUCAACAUGAAACUCCCUCUCUAACAGCAAUGUUUGGUAAGAAGGAAGGAGAAUGGGAUUGUGACACUUGUCUGGUGAGAAACGAUUCCUCUGCCAGUAAGUGUGUGGCGUGUCAGACACCAAAUCCCAAUGCUAAAAGCACAACCAGCAUUGCUCCCUCAUCUUCCACAUUUAGCUUUACCUUUGGAAACAAAAGUUCAUCAAACCAGCCCAUAGGAACUGGGUUUACUGUGCCUUUUGGAACUGGCAGCACUUUUCAGUUUGGUCAAAAUAAAGAUAAAACCUCUGCUGCCUCUUUCAAGUUUGAAGCUCCUCAGUCUACUACUAAAAGUUCCUCAGGCUUCUCUUUUUCAAUGCCUAUUCAAGCUGGUGGCUUUAAGUUUGGCAUUCAGGAACCAGCAAAAGACGCUCCUUCAACUGAUAAUCAAAUGCCUCCACCAGUGUCAGCCUCAAAUUUUCUGAAAAGCAUAGCUGACGAACACAAGGCAAAAGAAAAUUUGUCCAUACCCUCGGGGGCCCAAACUGAGCAAGAUCAAAACCCAUUAGUUGCAGGAGGGGCCAAUUCAUUCAGCUUUGCAGACUUGGCAAAGUCUUCUGGAGGAGAGUUCAAGUUUGGCCAGCAAGACCCUGAUUUCAAAGGUUUCUCUCGGGCUGGAGAACAGUUGUUCUCAUCAUUACAGGGAACCCCUGCCAAGACUGAUGCUACAAAUGAACAGGAUGAUGAUGACAUGUAUAAAACAGAGGAAAAUGACGACAUACAGUUUGAACCAGUGGUUCAGAUGCCUGAUAAAAUCGACCUGGUGACUGGUGAGGAGGAUGAACAGGUUCUUUACUCUCAGCGUGUCAAACUGUUCAGAUUUGACUUAAACUCCAGCCAAUGGAAAGAGCGUGGUGUAGGAAUCCUUAAACUCCUAAAGAACAACUCUAAUGGCAGGCUAAGAGUGCUGAUGAGAAGAGAACAAGUUCUUAAGGUGUGUGCCAACCACUGGAUCACUACCACCAUGAAUCUUAAACCCCUGGCAGGCUCAGACAAGGCAUGGGUUUGGAUGGCCAAUGACUUCUCUGAUGGAGAUGCUAAACUUGAACAGUUGGCUGCUAAGUUCAAAAGCGCUGAGCUUGCUGAAGAGUUUAAGCAAAAGUUUGAAGAGUGUCAGAGACAACUCUUGGACAUUCCCCUACAAACCCCUCAUAAGCUUGUUGACUCAGGCAGAACAGCACAUCUCAUUCAGAAAGCAGAGGAAAUGAAAUCUGGUUUAAAAGACCUGAAAUUCUUCUUGACAGAGGAAAAAACGAAGAUAAAAGAUGAAGACAGCCAGGCAGAUAUGACAACGUCCAGCAAUGUUUCAAGCCUUGCAAUAAAACCUCAUGGUGAAACCACUGGCCCCACGCUGGAGUGGGACAACUAUGACCUAAGAGAGGAGGCUUUGGAUGAUACUGCUGACUCAGUCUAUGCCUCACCCCUCGCCAGUAGCCCUUUAAGAAAGAGUCUUUUCCGCUUCGGAGAAUCUACUGUUGGGUUCAGCUUCAGUUUCCAACCUGGUAUAAGCCCCUCCAAGUCUCCUGCUAAGCUUAACCAAAGCAGAACCUCAGUGGGUACUGAUGACGAGCAGGAUUCAACCCAGGAUGAGGAAAGGGAUGGCCAGUACUUCGAACCUGUGGUACCAUUGCCUGAUCUGGUGGAGAUUUCCACAGGAGAGGAAAAUGAACAAGUAGUUUUUAGUCACAGGGCCAAACUAUAUCGUUAUGAUAAAGCACUCACUCAGUGGAAGGAGAGGGGUAUUGGAGACCUCAAGAUCUUGCAGAAUUAUGAUACCAAACGUGUGAGGUUGAUAAUGAGGAGGGACCAGGUACUUAAGAUCUGUGCUAACCAUUGGAUCACAGCAGCCAUGAAACUAGAACCUAUGAAGGGUGCAGAGAAGGCCUGGGUCUGGAGUGCCUUGGACUUUGCUGAAGAAGGAGAUGGUAACAUUGAACAGCUGGCUGUGAGAUUCAAACUCCAGGAAACUGCAAACACAUUCAAGCAAGUUUUUGAAGAGGCCAAGGUUGCGCAAGAAAAAGAAGAGCUAAUGACUCCUGUGACAUCCAGGGUUGCCAUUCCCCAAGACAGUGGAUCCAUAGCAUCAGCAAAGCCUGCUACAGCUAUAUGUGGGAAAGAAGCCAUUGCUGUUUUGGAAGAAACCACUAAAGAACGUACAGAACUUUCAUCUGAUUCUAAGCCACAUGCACCAAGUUCGCCAAGUCAAACAAACCCAUCAAAGACAGUGGUAUCACCUCCUAAGUUUGUCUUUGGCACGGAUAGCCUCCAGAAGAUUUUUGGGUCUCCUAAAUUUUGUUCUGAGACUGAGAUAUCGUCAUCCCCUGCAAAGGCAAAGGAUGCUGAACCUCCCACCAAGGCUUUGGCUGCAGCACCUGCAUUCAAAAUCCCAGAGAGAGGGCUGGAUUUUAGGCUUUUCAAAGAUAAUCCAAUGGCUUUUUGGACCAGCACAUCAACCACCCAAUUUGAACCCCCAGGACUACCUCAAGCAGAAGGAGGCAGUGCAGGUUCAGAUGAGGACUCAGAGGUGGAGGUAGUUUAUGUCAGAGAGCCCACAGCUGAACAGGCCGCUUUAGCAAGAAAACUCUUGCUGCCUCUGACCUUCUUCUGCUACCAGAAUGAACCAGGCUACAUAAGUGAUGAUCAAACUGAUGAUGAGGAUUAUGAGUCGGCUGUAAAAGCCUUAAAUGGAAAGCUCUACCCUGACCCUCCUGAGAGAAAUGCUGCAGCAUGUGGUGAUGAGCCAGACUGCCAGGUGGUGUGGGAGAAGAAGCCAACACCAGAGGAGGAGGAGAAGGCAAAAAGCCUCCAGCUGCCACCCACGUUCUUCUGCGGUCUGAGCACCACUGAUAGUGACCUAGAACACGACAAGCCUGAAGACUUUGAGACAGAGGUCCGCAAGGCACAGCAGGACCUGGAUGCUCAGUUAAACCAAAUGGAAAAGGCCUCUGGCAGUACUGAAGCUGCCCAGGAAGUGCCAAGUGCAGGUCCAUCUUCCAGCAUCAGUGAAGCUUCUGGCACCACAUCUACACAGGAGGAACAGACGUCAGACCAGCCAACUGAGACUCAGUCUGGAGCACCCAGCAGCAGCUCUCCAAUUGACCUGUCAACUAAAAAGAGUCCAGAGCCAGAGUCCAGCAGUGGAACUGCAGCUGGAGCUUUGACAGCUCCAACAGUGAGUCAAGACUCAUCUAGCUUUGGCUUUAACUCAUUUGGAGGCUUCUCGUUUGCUGACUUGGCUAAAAACGCAGAGGGCUUUGGAUUUGGAACAAAAGGAGACACCAACUUCUCAUGGGCAAAUGCUGGAGCAGCAGUAUUUGGAUCUUCAGUAACAUCUACAACCAAAAACAAUGGCGAAGAGGAUGGUAGUGAUGAAGAGGAGGCUCCCAAUAAUGUGGACAUUCACUUUGAGCCAAUAGUUUCACUACCAGAGGUGGAGACAAAGUCUGGAGAGGAAGAUGAGGAAAUCCUGUUCAAGGAGCGCACCAAGCUGUACCGAUGGGACAGAGACAACAGCCAGUGGAAGGAGAGAGGCAUCGGUGACAUCAAGAUUCUGUUCCAUCCAGAUAAACAUUACUACCGAAUCCUGAUGAGAAGAGAGCAGGUGCUCAGGGUUUGUGCCAACCACAUGAUUACACCGUCAAUGGAGCUCAAACCCAUGAAUGCUUCUGCCAACGCGGUGAUCUGGACCGCCACUGACCACUCAGAUGGUGAUGGUGUAGUGGAGCAACUGGCAGCCAAGUUCAAAACCCCUGAGAUAACUGAGUCUUUCAAAAAGACCUUUUGUGAGUGUCAGAGUCGAAUAGAAACUGAGGGCGAUGCCUCAUCUGUCUCCUCACCUAAGAUGUCCAGAGUUCAAGAGCACUCCAGAGACACUAACCCACAGGUGUACAUCAAAGUGGCCGCUGAUGGCCAACCACUGGGCACAAUCAACAUAGAGCUCUUCUCCCAUAUUGUCCCCAAGACUGCUGAAAAUUUCAGAGCUCUCUGCACUGGCGAAAAAGGGUUUGGGUUUCGGGACUCCAUCUUUCACAGAGUCAUCCCAGACUUCAUGUGCCAGGGUGGUGACAUCACAAACAGUGAUGGCACAGGAGGCAAGUCCAUCUACGGCAGCAAGUUUGAGGAUGAAAACUUUGAUGUGCGGCACACAGGCCCAGGCAUUCUAUCAAUGGCAAAUCGUGGGCGCGACACCAACAACUCUCAGUUCUUCAUCACUCUAAAGAAAGCCGAACACCUGGACUUCAAACAUGUGGCUUUUGGCUGGGUUCGGGAUGGCAUGGACGUGUUGCAACUGAUGGGAGAGCUGGGCACAAAAGGAGGUAUCCCCUCAAAGAAGCUUGUCAUCACAGACUGUGGACAGCUGUAGCUUUUUAUAUGCAAGCUUAAGGUUUGCAGCAUAGUUUAGGAUCUAAAAUUAAGGUAAUGAUUAAGGCUGGGGCCCCCAGUGCAGCACUUACUCACCUGCUGGAACUAAAUUCCUAGUCAACUGAGAAUUAAACCCAAGUCACAGAUCUACUGAUCAACAUGAUUCAUCGUACAGACUUGGUUUAAAUAGCCUGUAGUUAACUUUUUCUAUCCUAUAAACUGGUCACAAAUGGGAAACUUUGUACAGUAUGUGGGAGGAGGUAAACAUACUUGCUAUGCUGCACUUGCAUCUUUAUUAUCUGUCAAUAAAUUAUCAUAAUUUGUUCAUUCUUGUUUAUAGCUGUACAUUGACUUAUUUUUAAAUUUAUGUUCUGUUGUUUUACAUGUGCUCAGUUUAAAUGUGCUGGUCAUCUUCUGAACGCCACAUGGGUAUGUGUUUCCUUUAAGGAGUCUUGUCUAUAAUUUUAAGGUGUUGCUGUUAUUUGAACUCACCUUGAUUGGUAACUGUGCCCCAGCUUUCUCCCCAGAUACUGCCUAUGUACUUUUCACCGUAGGGCCAUCCCUAUGGUUUUCCUUUCUGUAGAUGGAUUUCACAAUAUGCACAGUCCCACAUAAGCUGAAGCUAUCUUACUGUGUUGCCCAAGCGGAGGGGUAGGUGGUUGGUUAUGAUGUAUAUGUGUUGCCUGUUGUACCAAAAUAAAAGAUGAAUAAAGUUGCU